AUGCCGAGUACCACUCAUGAACAAUUUGGUUCUCUUUGGAACAAACUCUUUCCAACGACGCUAGGAAAUGGAACUGACUAUACCAAAGUUGUCACUCCUUAUUUGUAUGUAAUGCGUGAUGGCUUUUUUGUUCUUCUUUCAGCAAAUCAAGGAUUACCUUUUUAUGAAGGUCGUAUGGGAUCAGUUGAUUCUUCUGGAGUGAACGAAAUUCAAGAAGAAAUGUGUGGAACUUUUGCACUUUCUUCUACAGCCCUAGAUAGUCUUAAAAGAAAAGCAAAGGUUGUUGAUGUUUAUAAAAAAAAUGCUAGCAACAGAUGGUGUUUUGACAGACAAGAAGAAUGGGAGCUUAAUGGGAUUCCUCCUUUCAUUUGCUUUGCAGGAAAAUUGCAUAAAGAUGACCCCCGUGGGACAAAGACAGUUGAUUGGGAAACCCUUAUCAGACAAGAACAACCCCUACAUCACCGCGACUUUGUACUCAAACGGCUCUCUGCAACAUGGAAUGAAAGUUCUACAAACUCCAACUUCCGAGGAUUUCGCUUUGAUCAUCCCGAUUGUCAGUUUAAGAUCUGGGUCCAUGAAAAGAAUCGGCGUGCCCUAAAGAGUGAACUAAAUGGCCUUAAAAAACAGAUUGAAGAAUUUAAUAAAAUACUUGAUUUCUGUAAAAAAUUUGAAAGUGCAGCAUUUACAUUCCUUUCAACCCAAUCUUUUCCAACAACCGAUGCAGGAGAAAUCGAUUGGACGGCACUGAAAGGUUGGGGCAGUUUAGCACAGGAAAUUCCGUUUCCUCAUUUAAAAACUCGAUAUCCCAAUCUCUCUGAACAAGUAAGCUCCUACGAAGAAAAUCAAACAGAGGACGAAAGACAAGCACUUGAAGCCGGCUUUAACGAGUUCUUUAAAACCCUUCCCUACAAAGCGCAUUUUCCAACCGAAAAUGUUCAUUACGGUGGAAUUUGCACCGACAACUUCAUGAACAUUCUGAUCAAACGGAAAAAGCAGAACAACGACUAG